AUUAUUAUUAUAAUUAUAGCCAAGUCGACUUGUCACUCACCGCUGCCGAACGAAAACACGACUCCGCCGCCAUCAGCGUGCCAUAUUAAAGACCGUUAUUGUAACUAGCACACGAUAAUACACGCCAUCGUUGCAGUACUGUCGUUGGACUGAUAGCCAUGCCUGGUAUUGUAUCGAAGUCCCAUAAAGCGGACGAGGAAAAAAACAUCGACACUCGUAUGAUUCACAGAGUAAGGAUUUCCUUGGCACGAGAACCAUCUAACCUCUCUAAUGAGGUCAAUGAGGAGGCCAUGCACAAUCCCGAAAUGUUUAGAUUAAUUACAUUCCUUGAAGGUAUGCCGGUAGAAGAGCGAAUUCUUGAGUUUUCUGCAGCAACUCCUGAAGAAGAUCAUGAAUACCAAGCAGAAAAAAGAAUUCGUGAAACCGAAGAAGCUCGUAGAGCCCGCGAAACAGAAGAAGAUCGCAAGAAUUACUUGAAUCGAUUCUUUCGUUAAGAUAUUAUACCAUAAAAAUUCCAGCAACGUACCUCCAUACCUACUAACCCAGGAGUUUCUACUUCAUGAAUAAUAACAAACUGAUUUUAUUUUUGAUUAUUUAAUUAGACACCUAAAUAUUAUAGUACACAUACAUUAUACCUAUACUAUUAUCAGAUAAUAAUUAUUGAUAAUAUUGUAUUAUAUUCAUUUUUUUUUAUCCACUACCUAUAACUUAUAACUUAUAACUAUUAUUAAAUACGAUUAUAUAUUAUAUAGGAUAUAUAGACGAGAAAUUUUCAUUGUUAAAUGUGUACUUAUGUACUGUGCAAGUAUUCCGGGAAGUAGGGACAAUAUUAUACUCAAGUGUUAUAUAUAAUAUCAAUUCAUACUACCAUACCACACAACAAUUUCUUACAUAUUUAAUAAACGUUAAAAACGGUCAUGAAUAUUGAGUGUUAAUCUUAUCAAACCUUACCAAAGCUUGUUAUUUAUUUGAAAUCAAUUAUUGUAUAGMAACGUAUUUUGUAUCGACUUUUGAUGAUGUUUACACAAAAUUGAUUAUUUUUAUUAUAAACAAAAUAGCAAAGUUAGAA